GACCUUCGUCUGCAGACACAGAGACUGACGUCCAUCAGGAGACAAAUUCAGGGAACAGGAACAAGAACGUGAAGGUGCUGACAUGAAGUUUGGUCUGCUGGUGGUGCUGGCUGUGGCGGUUCUGGCGCCCAGCCUGUCUGAGGGCCGGACCGUCUCCAAAUGCGAGCUGAAAGAAAAACUCGGGGAGGCGAUCACGCUGCCCAGAAAGCUUCAGAAAGUCAAGGAGAGGAUCCUGGCGAUAGUCGUCUGUGAAGUGAACAGGAGGUCCCAGCUCAACACCGCCCUGACCAGAGUGUACGGCAUACGCACCACCACAACCACAGCCGGGCCAACCGUCGCCGUCACAACCCUCUCAACAGCACAAGCCAAUGAGACGGACAAUGAAGGAAUGACUGCCAGACCCCCCACCAACCAAACUACAACCACCACCACCACAACAACUACAACCACCACCACUACAACUACAACCCCCCAACCAACGACUUCUCAAUCAGCCCUGGAGUCAAACCAAACAGCUGGUGGCAACAGACGGAGGCGGGAGGCCGGCGCAGGCAAAAAGGGGUCUGUCUCUGCGGAGAACCUGGAGGAGCUGCUGAACGAGCAAGAAGGCAAAUUCGAUGAGCAGGAACUGCAGGAGGACGACAACAACAUGGGCGAGGAGGAGGAGGAGGACAGCGAUGAGGAGGAGGGGGACAGCAACUCAGAGAGCGAGGAGGGCGGGAAACGCCAGAAGAGACGGGCCUCUCACCGGAGGCACGGCAAGAGGAAGCCUUGGUCCCUCGGGUUUUAUGGGCUCUUCCAGCUGUCAGACAGCCACUUCUGUGAUUCAGGUUAUCGCUGGUCCAGAAACCUGUGCCGUACGUCCUGCACAGCCUUCACCGAUGACGACAUAUCCGACGACAUCAGCUGCUUCGUGAGGACCAAUUACUGGUGGUUCUUGGUGAGGAGCGCCUCUCGCUCCUGUUAUUAUGCCUCAAGCUCCUUCUUCAGCGGCUGUUAAUGAGCAGCUGUCAGCAUCAACAUUCUCACACCAGCAAUGGUUUCUUCGUCACCACUACCUCCAGUGUGACCAGUGUGACCAGUGUGACCAGUGCGCUAUCUCCCAAACACUGUGACGCUUCUUAUUGUUUUCCUUUCGUUAAUCAGCACAGUUUCUUUACUGAAGUGAUUUUGUUUGUUCCAAAGAUGAAUGUUUGUCCCCUGAAUCAAACUGAGGAUGAAUCUCAGGGACUGGAAUAGUUUGGGUGAUUUUUUUUACUUUUCUUCUUCUUCUUCUUUCCUGAUGACAAAAAACAAAGUCACCUAUUGUUGUAUCUUUUGUUUUCUGUGAUCUUUCAAUAAAUAUGUUUCACCCUGA